AUGAAUUUAGAUCAACUAGCGAUAGAAAUUGCUAGCGACGGAACGACAACUGGCGAAGCAGAUUCUGAAAUACCCGACGAUCAUACUCGUACCAUUGUUCUAAAGAAAAAAGGAGCUAGUGGACUAGGAUUGUCCAUCAAGGGAGGUUCAGAGAAUGCCCAAAAAAUGCCCAUCGUUAUAUCGAAGAUAUUUCCGGGAAUGCCAGGUGAGUCCGCAAUGAAGGCACAGUCCGAUUUGGGUAUUUACAAUGGGAGAGAGAGAUCAUUGGGAGCUGAAGGCAAGGACGAGAAGUGGAAAACAGUAACAGUCAUUCCUCUACCAAUGGCAUACCUCACUCGAUAUCUUUGGGGAACAGACAACAUCAGAACGAACUCUUUCGAAGUACGGGCAGUUGACGGAUCAUCCACUGGCAUCAUACACUGCGAAGAUGGCCGGGCUCUCGAGCAAUGGAUUGGGCACAUAAACAAUCAUAUCCAGUCCCUCAACCAAAAAAGUAUCAAAAUGAGCAACAAGUAUUUACAUCAAAGCGAACAGAUUUCCUACAUAGGAUGGGUAAACGAGUACAUGAGUGAGGGUAUAUCAGAGGAUCCUAAGCAAAAAUGGAAACCACGGUUCCUGAUUCUCAAAGGUGGCGAUGUCUGCAUGUUUGAUAGUCCACCGUUGAGUUCUGAAGAUCUGAACAAGUGCCUCUAUCUCUAUAAAUGCUACGACGUUGCUAUCAAGCAGGUCCCUAACGACACUCGUCGCUUAGACAAGCGUGAGAAUUGUUUCUAUUUGGAAUCUUGCACAUCAGAUGGUUUGAGACAUUAUCUGUCUUACGAGACACCACACAUGCUUGAGAUAUUCGUCAACGCCUACUACAAGAGCGUUUAUACGGCUGUCAUCGCAAUGCAGAGUCGAACAUUUGCGUGUAGUUUCGAAGGACGUCCAAGUGGGCUAGUGCUCGAUAUAAAGCAAGGAAUAAGUCUAUAUGACAUCCCUACAAAGAGUUAUGUAUGGCACUACCGCUUCCGGGAUCUUCAUUCUUCAUCAGAUGACGGAAAAGUGCAUGUACAAUUUAUGUUUAAAGAUGAGCGAUCGCUCAACCCUGGAAAAUUGGAAUCGAAGGAUAUCGAGUGCGAUGAAGUGUUAGCUGUCGCUUUCAAUGUACAUUCCUUUCUGAUCACGAAAAUUGUCGCCUCUGAUCCAGACUUCUUAAAACAGAAUCCACUUUUAUGA